AGAGAGAGAGAGAGAGAGAGAGAGAGACGCAGUGGGAGGAAAACGAAAUAAGCGUUUUCCUCUCUCCUCCCUAAAGCAUCUCGGCGUGGGGGAAUCUGGAGAGUGGGCAACUCAAACGCAAAGUUGACGAACUUUGCACAUCUUUUACAAACGCCAUUUUGAUUCCUCUCCGGAACAACUUUUGCAGCUUCUUUCUUUUCUUUUUUUUUCUUUCUCUCUCAUCAUCACCAUCAUCAUCAUCAUGUCUCGGCGAAAGCAACCCAACCCCAACAAAGUCAAACUGUGAGCAGUGGUUGCUGACACUUGAGGUGCUUCUUCCAACACCGAACGGCAGCAGAGUAAAGCAACCUCGCUAUGGAAAAUUCAGCAGAAGAGGCGAGAACAGAAUCAGCGAAUUGCAGCCUUACUGGGGAAGAGGAGGCGGAGCAAAGUGAUGAGCGCCAGAGCCCCGCCCCUACAGAAGCUCACACAGAGGGUUCUGCUGGCGUAGAAGAGGAAGGAAACGAAUGGAAGAAUGGACGGAAUGAAGCAGACGGAGAGAUGGAGGCAGUAGAUGGAGUGGACUUGACCUCCAUAAACUCCAUGAUGAACACAGUGAUGAAAGCCGCUCAGCUGAACGGUGGCGUAGACUCCGCCCACAGCACACCCAAUAAGGUGCCCGCCAAAAGCCCCGGCACCAACCGCAGCGGAAGAAAGAGCCAGGAAGCCAAAGAUGAGAGCGGGUGUAUCGCCUGUCCUCUGUGCGAUAAGGGCUUUCAGAACCAGCACCAGCUCACCAUGCACAUCCGCCAGCACAACACUGACAGCGGGACUUCAGACCACUCGUGCAGUAUCUGCGGGAAGUCUCUGAGCUCGGCCAGCUCUCUGGACCGUCACAUGCUAGUGCACAGCGGAGAGAGACCCUACAAAUGCACCGUGUGCCAUCAGACCUUCACCACCAACGGCAACAUGCACAGACACAUGAAGAUCCAUGAGAAGGACUCUGCCAGCUCCAUCCCCAACAGUCCGACUCUCUCCCCAACUAAGCGACGGCGUUCCUCCACAGCCAAACGCAAACUAAGUCAAGAUGAAGACUGCGAGAAGACAGAGGAGCCGUCCAGCAAAAAGGUGCUGGAGGACAGUGGAGCAGAUGAGCAGGGAUCGAACAAAGGACAGGACGAGCUCUUGACCUGCUCGAUCUGCUUCAAGAACUUCACCUGCAAAAAUGACUACGACACCCACAUGGAAAUCCAUCCCGACACUACAUUAAGAUGUGAUUUAUGCUGCGUCUCCUUCCGGACACCUCGAAGUUUGCUUCGCCACAAUGCAGCUACCCAUAAGCAGCUACCCACAGACCCCAGUGGACGACCCUUUAUUCAGAACAAUCCAUCCAUCCCUCUCGGCUUUAAUGAUCUGGCUUUCAUUGACUUUUCAUGCCUCAAGUUCCCUCGUAUUGCCCAGAUUUGGUGUGAAACAAACCUUCGUCGGUGUACUGGCAAAUUCCAUCGUUUUGUAUGCGACUCGUGCGAUAAGGCAUUCCCUCUUAGCUCAGCUCUGGACUUACACAAAGCCUCACAUGAGGAGUCCAGUGGCACCCAAGAAACAACUUCACCCUUAGUUGAGAAAGACGAGCUUCCCAAUGACAAAAGCAGCUUCAUGGACUUUCUGGGCUUGCAGCACAUCUCUCAGGUCAAGCCUGCCCCUUCUGAAGAGGAUGCCCUGCAGGCUAAGCUAGAUAGUAUCCGGGUUAUUCACGUAGAGCCGAAUCAGUCCACCGUACCUCAAGAGCCUGGUCUUGUUGGAAGUGUCAACCUAUCUCUUGUAGACCCUACGACUCUUCAUGGUUUGUCCCACCAAGAGGCUCUCAAACUACUGUCCCUUCAGCCAUUCCAGACUGGCUUUCUGGUGCAGCCAGAUGGUGGUAUGGUGGUGAAGCCUGUUUGUGGUGAUACCAGCACAGAACUUGCAGAUAUACAGCAAAUACUCAAAGUAGCUUCUGCUGCUCCAAACCAGAUUGCUCUUCCACCUUUAUCCAAGGCCCCAUGUAGUACUGGACAGUCAGGCUACAAGCAGAUGCCUCCACUCAAGCCAAAACCAUUGGUGGCCCCCAGAACCAGCAUGGUAGCUUCAACUCCACCGCCUCUAUUGAACACCCAACAAGCUUCACUGGGCUGUAUCAGCCCAAGCCUUCCACCUCCUGCCAGCCAUCCCAUCAAGGUGGCUAGGGAGAACUCUUCAUCUUCCUCGUCCUCUUCUGCCAGUAACCAGGCUUCUGCAGAGAGGAUUCAAAUGGAGGCGGAGUGCAUGGGAGAUGCACAUACUCCGAUGGACAUGGAUGAAAGACAUAUCAAGCAGGAGAAUAGCAAAUUAGAAGAGACCACUGGAAAAAAGGGAACAUCUCAAAAAGGCUCAUACCCCUGUCGAUUUUGUGACCAGGUCUUUGCAUUCUCAGGUGUGCUCCAGGCACACAUGCGUUAUCAUUUGGGCGUCCUUCCCCACCAAUGUAAUAUAUGUGAUUAUGUUGCACCAGACAAGGCAACACUGAUCCGUCAUUUGAGAACACACAGUGGUGAGCGACCCUAUGUCUGCCGGCUCUGCCUUUACCCGUUUACAGUCAAGGCUAACUGUGAGCGUCACCUUCGCAAAAAGCACAUGAAAAGCAGUCGCAAGGAGAUUGAGAAAAACAUUAAGUAUGUUACCUCGUCCACGUCAACAUCAGAUGUCGUAGAGCAGGCUGGGACCAGUGAAACUACCUGCCGCUUCUGUGGUGAAGACCUAAAGACCUUUCGGGCCCUGCAGAUUCACCUGCGCACACACAAUGGCUGCCAGCGAAAGCCAUUUGAGUGCAAGCGUUGUGGAGCAGCCUUCCUGGCCAAACGUAACUGCAUCCAUCAUCUUCUGAAGCAACAUCCGGAGGUCCAAGAGCAGGAUAUUGAAGACCACAUAAUCACUCUUCUAGCUCCAUCAUCCCAAAAUAGCCCAAGCCCAUCUCCUCUCAAUGGCGUUCCUACUAACAACGUGGUGCAGCCCAUCAAGGUGGAGGACCUUAGCUUCUACACUGUAGAUAUGGAUCAACCACUAGACUUUUCUAACAAAAGUCGAGGGGCCAACAACAACAAUGCUGGAAGUGUAAGUGGAUCGCCUGCGAUCAAAAUUGAACCUGUCUCUUUUGACUCUUCCAUGGAGCCCAUUGACCUCUCUAUUCCUAAGAAUCCUAUGAAGAAGCUUAAACAAGACAUCGAGGCUGCUUUACCAAGAGCGGUUAAGAAAGAACCUUCAUCUGUUAGCAUUCUUGCAAAGGCACUUCAGGCUGAUAAGUCUAUUGAUGAAAAGUGCCAACCGCUUGGGUGCUACCAAGUUCCUGUAGCUUUGACGUCUCUUACUGGUAGCACUAGCGCUGCAGGAAGACCCUUGCGUCUAAAACCCCUGCUUCCUAAACCUUCCUCUGCUGGUGUGAAGGAGCUUCCACCCCUAGCAUCCAUUGCUCAGAUCAUCUCCUCUGUGUCCGGUGCCCCUGACCUUCUAAAACGUGACAACACUAAUAGUCUUAAGACUGAUAUUGAUACACCUGCCAAGCAGGAAUCACCAGAGACCCUAAAAGAGGAGCUUUCGGUAGAGAUCUCCAAAAAGAGGACUAGGAAAAGGCCUUCCAACGGCAUAGCAAAAGAGAAAACCGUGAUGAAUGCUCCAGACCUGAGUAUUGACUUGGAGUCUAGUGGGGAGUUUGCUAGUGUUGAAAGGAUGUUGGCAAACACUGAUGCUAACAAGUUCAGCGCCUAUCUUCAGACCAACACAAUCGAGUUGGCAAGAAAAGGCAGGCAGCAGCCAGGUGCUGGUGACGAGAAAGAGAUGAAAGAUGAGAAACACUUGCCAGUCCAGCAGACUGUUCAACAGUCUAAAGGGAAGAAAAAUGCGUACUCAAAUUCUGUGCAGAAGAUGAUUUGCCCAUUUUGUCCCAGAGUUUUCCCAUGGGCCAGCUCGCUUCAGCGCCACAUGCUAACACACACAGGUCAGAAGCCAUAUCCUUGCCCCCAAUGUGAUGCCUUCUUCUCAACCAAAUCCAACUGUGAAAGACAUCUUUUGCGCAAGCAUGGCAUUUCCAACCGAGUGCUUAGACGCAAUGGUGUAAUACCCAAACCUAAGGAUGCAGAGGAUGGCUCGCCAGAGAGCGCAGAUAGCACAUCUGAGGCAGAGCUUCCUAUGGGUGAGGCAAUGGAUCUAACAAGUUCAGACCCUGAGAAGUCUGUAGCAUCUGAUGCUGAGAAACCAUCACCAGCUAAACCUACAGAGGCAGCCGUGGUAGAGCCUCUUCCUCAAAAAGAGGAUGACAAAACAUCCCUCGAGUCUUUGAAGCAUAAUGACACCGAAAUAGAGGAUGACCAUUUAAAUAGCAAUAAGACCCUUGACUUGACCUUUGUCUCCAAAGCAAAGGACGUCAAUAUUACUGAGAAGGAGCAGCCACAGUCCUCCCCCGUAGCAGAUGAAGAAAUAUCUGACAAAGCAAAAGCUCACGAGGAGUCUAAAUUAACCUGCAAAAUAUGCAAGAAGAGUUUCCGCUACGUUAAAACCCUCACCAGACAUGAGAAAGCUCACCAGCUGGACAUGACACAAGACGCUGGUGUUACUAAUGGACAAAACCUCACAAAAUCAGAUGAUCCCAUUGUGCCUUGUGAAAAGAAAGAGGUUACAGAAGAAGAAGUGGAGAGCGUAAGGAAGGGUAAAGCUGAAACGGAAGGAAAUGGCAGCGUGGUGGAAAGCGGGCCUGAUGAGGAUAAAGAGGAGAGAAGUGAUGAAGAGGAACCUGCAACUGAACCAAAGAGUGCUGGGAGAGAACCUGGUAGCAAACCGGACAAAAGGAAAAAGGUGUGCAGUAUAUGCAACAAACGCUUCUGGAGCCUUCAGGACCUGACUAGACAUAUGCGCUCGCACACAGGUGAGAGGCCGUACAAGUGCCAGACAUGCGAGCGCACCUUCACCCUCAAGCACAGUUUGGUUCGACAUCAGCGAAUCCACCAGAAGCUGCGUGGAGUGGAUAGUGAUGGUUCCACAUGUGGAGCUGCAGGGGGAGCGGAUGAGGAGGGCUUCAGCGGACGUUCGGCCAGCGAAAGCGAAUGCACACCCACCAGCACAAACCCGCCCUCUGAGAACGAAAGUGAAAUGACAGACACUGUGAAGGGGGAACCAACCUCGUAUGUGAACAAGGGAGCAGCCGCGGACGCAGAAGAGUAUAAUCUGAGCUCUGAGACAGAACCUGCAGCAGAAACACCCAAAGAAACUCCAGCAGAGGAUUCUCCAGCCACAUCAGAGCCGGGAUUCAUCCAAGGUUUACUGGAGAUCCAUACCAAGCCCACUACUGAGCACAUUUUGCCCACCUCCGAGCCAGCGCUUCUUGGAGUGGAGUGAAGAGUGACUCUUUCAUAGUGUAAGCAUUGUGCUGCAGAAAAGACACAGUGCCAUAUAACAAAACCUAGUACAUUGCAUUGAGAAAAAAAAAGCAAUGACUGUUUCCAAGUGCCUUUCUACUUUCUUUGUUUUUGCUAUAUCUUUAUCAGCAUUUAUCUUGAUCUAAAGUUGAUUUUUAUAGUAUUUUACAAUGAUCUUUUGUGUGUGUGGAAUCCUGAGAGAACUACUUCAAGCAAUAUAUGAACAAAUGAACGCAUUGUACAGUACAGCAACGGUGAAAAUCUGAGAUCAACUGGAGGACUUCUUUCUACUGAGAGGCUCACAGCCGAGUGCAUAACUGGAAUACGCAACUUGUUCACCAUAGGGGCUACUUUUUGGCUCGUCCUCCUUCAGUUUGCCCGUGGCUUAAUUCCAUUCAAUGACAGAGGGUCCAGAGUCAUUGUUUUACUGCAAUAAUAUGCUGUUCUAGGUGCUGUGCCAUGCACAGGAAACUUUGUUUGGUUUCAAGCAAAGAUUUUGAGGGUCAUCCUUGGAAAAAAGGUGUUCAACAGCUAUCACAUACAAUAUAUGGGCAAUGUUUGCCUCCAUAAAAGCUGUCCUUAGCAUUAGUGUACCUUUUUUGGCAUGAAAGGAGAAUUUUUAAGUGAGAGAUGGCCAUGUUUUUAAGUUAAGGGCUUGUGAAUCUGUCCCUAAUGCUCGGUUUUGGAUACUUUAAGGCAGGGGUCACCAAUCCUGGUCCUGGAGGGCCGGUAACCCUGCAGUGUUUAGCUCCAUCUUGCCUCAAUACACCUGUCUGGGUGUUUCAAGUGUACAUAGUAAGACCUUGAUUAGCUGGUUCAGGUGUGUUUGUUUAGGGUUGGAGCUAAAAUCAGCAGGACACCAGCCCUCCAGGAACAAGUUUGAUGAGCCCUGCUUUAAGGGGUAGUUCACCCAAAAAUGUAAAUUUAAUCAUCCUUUAGUCCUCCUCAAGUGGUUGCAAACCUUUCCAAGAUGUUAAUUUUGAAGCAAAGCUGACUUUUUGUUUGUCGUACUAUGGAAGUCAAUGGUUACAGGUUUCCAACAUCCAAAAAAAAAAAUACAGGAAACUUUCAAACAAGGAUGAGUAAAUGAUGACAGAAUUUUACUUUCUAGGUGCACUAUCCCUUUAAAACCUCGACAAUAAAUCCCUAAUAAGGAACUAAAGGCAGCACAUGAUUUAUAAUGAUGUACUUGACGCACCUGUCCAGAUUUACAGUCUUCCAAAAAAACAUCUUUUUAUCUAAGCCUUACCUUUUCCUCUGAGCUUUGAGCAGAUUUCUUGUGUUCUGCCAGGCUGGUGUACUAUAGACUUGAUGGUGUACUUGAACCCUGUCGCCCUGCUGCCUCCUGCCAGGAUGAGUCAAUCCUGCACACAUGUCAAUCACACACUCUUUUGUAGCAUUGGAUCUCUCAGUUUUAUAUACUUGUGUUGUAAAGAAACCCUGUACGUGAAACCAGGCCAUGGAGGCGGUUUGAAAUCUUCAAAUGUUAGUCUCCUGAAAUCCGUCUAUGAGGAAUAUUGAGCCUGAUGAUUUUGAAUUGGCCUCUCAUUGGAUUGGAUGUGAGGUUGGUUGUGUGCGCCCCCUAGUGGUGAAGAUCUAACAUCUCGACUUGUAGUAUUGGAUGAACUCGAAUGCAAUCGCUUUCUCAUGUCUGGGUGUUUCCAGGACGUUUGCUUCUCCCGAUGCCUUCUCCUGGGUUAGUGACUGUGUUAGGUGUUGGUUGAUUGUGCACGGAAAUGCGACGAAUGCUCACAGUGACUGUUUUUAAUGUAUUUAUUAUGACCCAGUGUGGGGUGAAGAAGUAAAUGUGGAGAAGCCAUGUAUUAACACGAUUAUGCUGCAGAAAAGAUGAUUCGAAUUCAAUAAUUAGCUUCCCAGCGUUGAUCUGGGUCUUCGAUGAUCAUAAUCACUUCGAUCCGAAAGCUUUAUGUAGAACUUUGUAUGCAUUUGUUUUUAGUAUGCGUGGUCUGUUAUCUUUAUUAUAAUUAUUAUGAUUAUUUCAGUUUGACAGAGAGAUAUACAAGUUGUUUUCAUUUAUAUAUUCUUUUGCAUAUAAAACUGUGAAUUUUCCUGUUAUUGUGCUUUGGGUGAAUCUGUAGGGUAGUUGUUUUUGCAUGUUGUUCAGUUAUAAAUGAUUUCAUUUUCUGUUUUCGCCCCAUCUGCCGCUCUCUCACUCUCAGGGUUCAUACAAAUGGCUUUCUUAAAUCAUCAUUUCCCUUUGCAUAAUUCUUCACCUUUGAUUUCUGAAUAUGUCGAAUCGUCAAUCACUACUUUUAUUAAGCACUUGACUGUGAAUUCAAACGAACAGGGUGGAGUUAUCAAGAUCCACAUUCCACUCAUGGGUUUUCUACAAGACUUGUUCUCCCUUUUUCUUUUUUUAAAAAAAUCCUCCCUGCGUCUUUGUAAAAAAUGCAGAUUAACGGAGACCUCACUGUUUGACCGAUGUAAUAAAAGGGAGCAUUGUGUCGCUGCUACAUCCCCAAAAAUAAGUCUACUGGACUUGAAUGGAACCAGAAUCACCGGGACAUUUUUGGUACACUACUCUUGUUCUUUGAAUGAGUGCUUCAGAAUCAGAAAUGUAAGCUGUUCUGUAUCAAAACUAUUCAAGCAAUAAAGAUAUAUUAAAGAAA